UCCACUAGAGCGCGUUCGGGCACGGACAAGUGUUAGAGACAAGUCUGGUCUCAGAUCACACAAAAUUCCAAAAAGAAAAAAUUCAAAUAAAUAUUGUGAGAAACGAAAGAAGAGAUACAAAUCGGCAUUUAGUAAAUCCAAAAACAACCAGACGUCGAAGCGCGACUCAAACGGAAAAACCCGACUGCAUUUUCUGUGUUUUUCUGGCUCUGGAGAGCCCCGCGUGGAACUGCCAACCGCAAUGAGCUCGGACCAAGGGCCACUCUUGGCCAAAAGAGGACGGCGUGGCUUGCUGGCCGCUCUCCUGCUGAUUUCCCUCGCCGGCCAGACGGCGGCCCAGUCCAAUUACGUGCAGCAUGGAGACAGCGGCAACUACACCACCAACGGAUUGCCCGAGGAGGCGACACUGGACGGCAAGGUCACCAAGCUGGACGACAUCAGUCCGCUGAUUUUCCUCAACCGAACGAAGGCCGCUCUGAACUGCGCCGCCGGCUCCAUGCAGGUUGAUCUCAAGUUCAACGAUCCGUUCCAUGGCAUUAUCCAGGCUGACUACGAUCGCAGUAGUGCGUGCCGCGUUAGUGGAAAGGGAGCGCUCAGCUAUCGACUCGAGCUGCCGCUCAAGGGAUGCGGUACCAUCCAGAACCCCACCCGUGUGUUCACCAACAACAUUAUUGUGCGAUUCCACGCCAAUCUGGAAAUGGACGGCGACGAGAUCAUCACGAUAGUCUGCCGCUAUCCACCGCCCGUGCCCUCGCUGCCACCUGCUCUGCCGGCGCCCAUCCUGAACCCGAUCGCCACCAGUUCUGUGCUGCAGCCGCCGCUGAAGAGCAUCCAGAUCCUGAUGAUCAUCUGCGCCAUCAUGUUCCUCACGCUGCUGCUCCUGGGACUCGCCGUUUCCUACUACUGCCUGCGCAGUCGCUCCAUUCCGGUGGUGCGUCGCCUGCCGAUGAGCAUGGGCAGCGGAUCGGAGAUCACCAAGCUGAGUGGCAGCAGUGUGGGCAACAUCAGUGCCUUCGAGGGCGUCAAGAUACCCAGAGCCCAUGCCGCUCUCCAGGCGGUCUACAGCUCAUCGGGCAGCGAGGGUGCACUGAUACCCUCCGACUAUCCCAGUGAAUCGCACUCGGAGAUCGAGGAGAUCGAUACGAGAUCGCUGCCCUUCAGCUCGGCGGGAAGCUUCGAGAAUCGCGCCUUCGUCCACGAAACCUCGAGCAUCUACAGCGAUCACUAUGCUCCGGCACAGGAGAUGCCGUCCGCGAAUGCGGUGAUGACCACCACCUCGGUGACCCGCCACUCGAUUCCCAUGCAGGAGGCGGUGGCCGCCGUCGGUUCGCCCAAGUUCGAUGUACAGGUGCGCGUGAAGAAGUCCCCACCGCCACCGCCUUCCCCUGUAACCUCGGAUACGGAGAGUGUGGCCACUUUGCGUCCGGAUCGCAACAAUCUGUCGACCAUCAUGGAGGCCUACGAGGAUCGCGAGAGCGUGCUCACCAUGGACUCCCUGCCACCGCAGGUGGAGACGAUGCACUCGCAGUUCACCUACGUGCCCGAACUCCAUCCGGCGCCGCAAGUGCCCCAGUCCAUUCCCCUACCGCCGCCGGCUGUCGCCGAGCCCAAGUUCUCCGUUUACACACGAACCCAUCACGAGGUCGUGGACGGUCGCCCAGAGACCUGGUCGGAUUACACCGACGGCCCGGCACCCAGUGAGAUCACGGACUUGUCCUCCGAGGCGCCUGACAUGACGGUGGAAACGAUGCACUACUAUGAGGAUGAGUUCAUGCCGGCGGUGGAGCCACCGGUGACCUCGCACACCGUGGAUGAUGUCUAUCUGCGCACGGUGACCGAGAAGAAGACCAUCGAGGACAUCGAGAGCCACAAGCGCAGGGUCACCGAGUACAAGAGCAAGCCGAGGGCACCGUUGCCGCCGCCACCACCGCCACCGCAAGUGGAUCCCAAGUUCGAUGUGCGGGUGCGCAACUACCCUGGCGACCGGGAGCAGCAGCUGUGGGAGAACUUCUCGGACAUUUCCAGCGCCUCCGGACUGACCCUCACGCCCAAGAUGGAACGCAGCGAGCUGAGCCUGCCGCCGGCGGAGCUACCGGCCCAGAUCCACGACAACAAGCUGAAGCUGACCAGCCCGGAGCUGGUGGGCAACAUGAAGCCGAUCGAGGUGCCGCCACAGGACAAGGAUGUGCCCAACUGGGACGUGCUCAUCCGUAUCCUGGAGGAGCCGGAAAUGUCGGAGGUUGGCCAGGACGACGUGAGUUCCGUGCACAAUCUGAGCUACGACGAUCGGGCCAAGUGGAAGGAGAUCAUCACCACCCAGUCCUCGCUGCGCACCAUGCUCACCGAGGCGGUGGUGCGCGAGGACUUCGAGCGGAUUCGCCAGGACACCCGCUACGAGCGCAUGUUCGAGCCACAGACCUGGGACGUGAUCAUACGCAUCCUGGCUCCGCCCGGCGACGAUGAUCCCGACGUGGAGAUGCGCACACCUAGGCGCGGCAAGAAGGCAUCGCCGCAGCCAUGGGACACCCGGUCCCGUCGCAGCUCGCUGCCCACGCUCUACGAGUACGACAGCGAUGGCGGAUCGAGUGUGCGCACCAUCCGCAACGAUCCGGGCAUGACCGGCAUGCUCAUGACAGGAGCAGGACCUGGCGUCGGUCCUGGCGGACCCUUCAAUCUGCAGCGAUCGCGUCGCAGCUCCCGCACCUCCUACCAGACCGACCACAACGACUUCCGAUCCAUGUCCGAGGUGACCGUCGACUUUGGGCGCCCGCACCAGGUGGACCAUCCGGACAACGUGAGCGACGCCAGCAGCUACUACCCGAUGCAGUACUACGACGACGACGACCGGCGCUCCUUCCACCGCUCCCUCAGCCAUCCCUCGCUGGCCCGCUCCGCCAGCGAGUUCACCGAGCACUGGACAGCGCCCGACGAGAUGGAGGUCUCCUCGCCGGAGGGCACUCCGCACACUCGCCGCGCCCGACAGCCCCUGUCGUCCAACCAAGUGGCCCUAGCCAGCGGAAGGAGCGGCGAGCGUGUGCUGUCCCAGACCCAAACGCAGAGUGAAUACGUGGAGACCCAUCGGAGGGUCUACCACGCCGAGAAGGAGAUGCCCUUGCCGCCACGCAAGUGGUAAAGGGAUCGAAACGGAACCCCACUCCCAUUGAAACUAACAAUCGAUUGGAAACUCCAGAUGAGCCACCUUGGACCGGAUUAGGACCGAAUAAUGGAGGGCAAAUCAGACAGUUUCACGAACACCCCCUACAUGUAAUUCCAAUUAAUGGGUCACAUAUGUACGAGUACUCAAUAACCUUACAAUAAUUAACAAACGUGCCAAUUACAAUUGCCUGACAAAGUAGCCACUAUAAAGAAACACUUGACUGUCAGUUCGAAGCGUAUGAUGAUGAUGACUUAGUUUUCUGUUUUUUUUUUAAUUCGUAAUUUUAAUUUGUAUUGAAAUUUUGAAAUUUUGUUUCCCAGUGGUAUCAACUCCAUUCGAUUCGUGUGUUCUGCACUCCCACCUGAGAUUUCGCAUUUAAUCAAAGAUGUUCUGAAGGGAAAAGAGUAGUAAAGGGUAGUUAAUUAACCAGAUGGUAUGUGAGUGUUAUAAUUUAGCUAAAAGUGUUCUUUAAAUGUUACGCUGCCGUUUGAUGGGAAAGUUGUAUGAGCAGUCACAAAAUCCUGUCCAAAUGAUAAUACUUCUCAGCUUCACAACUCCUCAACAAUUGUCGAAAUUAGUUGUUUGCAAGUCCAAUUGUUUAUGCUUAGCUACUACUUUCUAGUUGCAAAUGUAUAUAUGUACUUACUAUAUAUAAAGUUCAAACUGCCACAUGCACACAGUUGAUUUUGAACAGAUUGCAGAUUACAGAUUCGAGGAUCUUCAGUCUUUACAAAUAUAUGUUACAUAUAUACGUUACUCCGGUAGAUGGGAUAGAUACACAGGUUUGAAAUAAAAGUAUUACUACUGCAUAGUAUUCUCCUCGAUACACUACAUAUUGGAAUUGAAUACGAGUAGACUUAAUGUUCGGGUUUCCUAAUUGAACAAACGACACAAGCAGAUUGCAAAUCCACACGAUAUACUUUCUCAUGAUAAUCAAUUUUCUCGUAACAUAGUACUAAUCCGUCCAAGACAUUUACUAUAAGUUUAAUUGAUAAAUUGAUAAAUAAUUGAUUAAUUGUCGCAAUCAGCGAAAGCGACAUGCUUAUAAACAACAAACUUACAUAUUUAAUUCGCUUUUUGGCUAGGCAAGCCUUGCAAAAUGUGUAUACUCUAAAACAAUUUGAAAUAAAUUAUAAAUAAAUAAAUA